UCUCAAGAGCAGCUAAGCUAGGCAAGAAAAUGCUUCAAAAGCCUUCUUUGGUUCUUCUUUAUUUUCUCCUUCUGUCCAUCCUUCCAUUGAGAACUACACCGGCAAGUAAUGCCGAAGGAGAAGCUCUCAUGAGAUGGAAGGACAGCUGGGCUUCUUCCCCUACUUCUCUCCUUUCUUGGACCCUCUCCAACCUCUUAGGCGUAUGCGAGUGGGUUGGCAUUGACUGCGACUCAUCCGAUAUCGUAUCUGAAAUAAAUCUCUUUGGUACCAACAUUGUCGGAACACUUACGGAAUUCAGUUUCGAUUCAUUUCCUAAUCUCAUCAACUUAAACCUCAGUAAAAACAACCUCGGAGGCUCGAUACCUUCGGCCAUUUCCAGCCUCUCCAAGCUCACUUUAUUGGACUUGUCAAACAAUCUGUUUACUGGCACCAUUCCUCCAGAGAUUGGAAACUUAACUCCGCUUCAGCACCUUAGUUUAUUCAACAACAAUCUCACCGGUGUCAUCCCCCACACAAUUAGCAAUCUUCAAAAGGUACAGUACUUGAACUUUGCAUCAAACUACUUGGAAAAAGUAGAGUUGCUUGAGAAUUCUAGUUUUCCUUUGCUUACUCACCUUAGUUUGUCUAAAAAUGAAUUUACAUCAGAGCUACCAAAGUUCAUAUCCAACUGCCUAAACUUGACGUACCUUGACUUAUCGUUAAAUCACCUGAUUGGAACAAUACCCCAAUCGUUUUUAACCAAUCUAGACAAGCUUGAGUAUCUCAAUCUCACUACGAAUUUAUUUCAAGGACCAUUGCCGCUAAAUAUUUCCAAGCUGCUCAACCUCAAAAAUCUUCGACUUGGAAAUAACCUAUUCAGUGGUUUUAUUCUUGAAGAUCUCGGUCUGCUUUCCAACCUUGAAAUCCUUGAGUUAUAUAAUAACUCACUUAAAGGGGUCAUUCCCUCUUCAUUGGGCCAACUCACAAGACUUCAGAUACUAGACCUCAGGAUGAAUGAGUUGAAUUCAACAAUUCCAUCUGAGCUCGGCCUCCUUACCAACCUCACCUACUUGGCUCUAGCUAAGAAUUCCCUCCACGGGGUCUUGCCUCUGUCCUUAGCAAAACUAACCAAGUUAACUGAUUUGGGCUUAUCUGAGAAUUUUCUUUCUGGGGGGAUCUCGCCUUCUUUGCUCUCAAGUUUGACCAAUCUGAUCUCUCUACAACUUCAGAACAACAACUUGACUGGCAUUAUUCCACCCGAAAUAGGCGGACUGACUAUGCUUAAUUACCUUUUCUUACACAAUAACAAUCUCAUUGGAUCAAUCCCGGAUGAAAUUGGGAACUUAAAAGGGUUACUAGGAUUAUGCCUUUCUGGAAACCAGCUCUCUGGUCCAAUUCCUCCAGCAGUGUGGAAUCUCACAAGCCUCGCAACUUUACAACUCUUCUCUAACAGCCUGACUGGCACAAUUCCUCCAGAAGUUGCAAAUCUCGCAUCCAUUGUUACCCUUGAUCUCAACAGUAAUCAAUUGCAGGGAGAGUUGCCUGAAACCAUUUCUCAACUUUCCAAUCUACAGUUAUUCUCUGUCUUCUCCAAUAAAUUGGAUGGCAUCAUUCCACAGGAUUUUGGGGGUAAUAUCCCCUCCUUGAGCUUUGUCAGCUUUUCAAAUAACAACUUGUCUGGGAUACUGCCACCAAGUCUAUGCAGUGGUCUUUCUAUGCAGUAUCUUGCAGUGAAUAACAAUAGUUUCACUGGGUCAAUUCCGGCAUGCUUGAAGAGUUGCUUGGGACUAAUUAGAGUCCGACUGGAUAAGAAUAAAUUCACGGGAAGUAUUACAGAUGCAUUUGGAGACCAUCCAAUUCUUUCACAUAUCGAUCUCGAGGACAAUCUAUUUUCCGGUGAGAUCCCUCAGAUCCUAGGCAAUUUAACAAAGCUCAACUACCUUGACUUGUCGGGUAACAAUUUUACUGGAGCCAUUCCUAAAGUGCUUGAGAAGUGCGUGAGCUUAUCAAGCCUAAUUGUCAGUAAAAAUGGUCUGUCAGGCGGCAUACCCCCUGAGCUUGGCAACUUAACAGGUUUGCAGAACAUCUUGGAUCUCAGCGGGAAUUCAUUAUCAGGAGUAAUUCCGGAAAGCCUGGGCAAGCUCGCCCUAUUGGAGAACCUCAACCUUUCCCACAACCUUCUGACGGGGAACAUCCCAGCGACACUGUCCAACAUGAUUAAUUUGAAAUCCAUUGACUUCUCCUUUAAUAAACUGUUUGGUGCAAUCCCAAUCGGCAAAAUCUUCCAAAACGCUCCAUCAACGGUUUAUGCUGAGAACCAAGGUUUGUGUGGAAAUGCACAAGGACUGAAUCCGUGCAAGUCCAGUCCUGCUGCUGCCCCAACAAAUAUCGUCUAAUGGGUGAGUUUUGUGAUUAGGCAGUGCUUUGAGUGAUCACUCUGUGCUAUGCUUAAGUUUGUAUCGGUCUAUGUUUGAACCCAAGGGGGCAAUAAUAAGAGAACGGUAACUUUUGCUGCA